CAAGCUUUGAUGAACCGCAGGUUGAUAUCUCUUGAUAUGGGUGCUCUAAUAGCUGGAGCAAAGUUCCGAGGUGAAUUUGAAGAUAGACUAAAAGCUGUCCUGAAGGAAGUAACGGACUCAGAUGGACAAAUAAUCCUCUUCAUUGAUGAGAUCCAUACUGUUGUCGGGGCAGGUGCCACAAAUGGUGCCAUGGAUGCUGGCAACCUAUUGAAGCCAAUGCUAGGCCGUGGUGAGUUGCGUUGUAUUGGAGCAACAACCCUAGAUGAAUACCGUAAAUAUAUUGAGAAAGACCCAGCAUUGGAACGUCGCUUCCAACAAGUGUAUGUUGAUCAACCUACCGUUGAAGAUACGAUCUCUAUACUCCGUGGGCUGCGGGAAAGGUAUGAACUCCACCAUGGAGUACGCAUCAAUGAUAAUGCGCUGGUGGAUGCUGCAGUUCUUUCUGAUCGUUAUAUCAGUGGCCGGUUCUUGCCUGAUAAAGGUAAAACAUCACUAAAGUUUUUAUGUUGUCUUUCCUAUUUCAAACAGGAUAUUGAUAGGAAACACUAGUAGAUCUCAAGUAUUUCCUAUCAAUCUUCAAAAAAUAGCGAGAAUUCUUCAAAAAAUCCGCACAAAAUCACGAAAACAGUAGAUAGUUCGUAUUAUUUGAUGAAAGGGAAAUGGAAAAUAGCAAGAUACAAUUGAUCCUCUAUUCGAGAGGAGGAUCGAUCUCUUCCAAAUCUCUAGACGCCGCUAGAGCCCAAAAGAAAACUUAAAUCCAAGAGAUCUCAAAUUUCAGCCAAAUUUAAGUUGCCCUAACUGAUGUAGAACGGGUAGGAGGCUUUCAGUCCUAUGGGUCUUGAAGAGCAACUCGUGAGGUUUAAACAACAGCUUUUGACACUUGGGAAAUUCUGGACAGCAAGUAGCCAAUCUAGGAUAGCGAUUCCGGACAGUUCCGGGCAGCAACGGUCGUUCCCAGAGGGGCUGUACAGCAGCAAACUGCUGCGGGAAUCUCUGGACAGCAGAUUUGACAUCAGGGACAGCAGUUUUGUCUUGUAGAAAACUUGAGACAACCACUUGGAGGACUUGGGAAGGUCCUGGACAGCAGUUGGGAGGCCUUCUUGGACCCCUUCUUGCUGGUUUUGGCUUUCCUGGACUGGUGACAGCAGCCUAUGGUUCUCCACACAACUAGACAGCAGCUAGGAAGGUUGGACAAUCUUUCCAACAUGAUUGGCUGCACUUGUGGAGAAUUUUCAAAAGCCCAGCAAUAGGGAGAAAGGAGCCGGCGGGAUAAGGAGGUGGAAUUGUUUCCUAAUUCUAAUGCCAGAUUUUAAGGAAGUACUCAAUGCUUGGUCCCAUUAAAAAAAAAGAAAUUCGGCUGUUAUAGUUUUGGAAAUAUGUCUAAAGAGAAAAAAGGGGGGAAGGUGAUUAGGAAAGAUUUCCUAAUCUAAGCCACAGGGAAGUGGGCCGGCUGCACUAAUGGACCAAGGAGCAAUUAAUGUGAUGGAUUAAGGCCACAAGAUUUGGAAUUUGGAAUUAGGAAAGUGAGGUAAUAAAUCCAAUUUGAAUUUGAAAUUCAAAUUGAUUUAAAUUACAUACUUUCCUAAAAUAGGCGAAUUAAAUUAGGAAAUAAAUUUUGAAUUUCAAAUUUAUAUAAUUUGAAUUUUAAAUUAUGUCCUAAUAUCAUGCACCCCAAAUUAGGAAAUCCAAGGAGAGAGGAGAAAGGAUGAGGCCGGCGGCAAGGGAGCUAGGUCUAAUUUAAUUUGGAGGGAUUAAUGACUCAUGUCCUUGCAAUUCAAAUUUGAAUUUUGAAUUGGAGAGUUAAAACCUUUCAAAUAUGGAUCAAACCCAAUUUGGAAAGAUUUCAAAUUUCUUGAAAUCCAAAAUUAUCAUGGAUUUUCCCUCUCCAUUUUGCCAACCCAAAUUGGAAGGAGGCCUGGCCAUGGGAAGAGGAGGGGGUGAGGUAGCCGGCAGCUAGGGGUGAGAGAGGGAUGGAAUCCGGCGGCCAAACGAAGAUGGGGAGGAGGAAGAAUAUGAGUAUGAUUAUGAGGAGCAAUAAGAAGGAACAAGAUAAAAACAAAAGAAAGAAGAU